AUGGGCUCAGUUGACGAUGCCUACCCUCCAAAGAGGCCGGUUCGUAUCGGCGGUGCGAGUGGCGGCUUCACGGAUCGCCAGCGCAGCAUCCUAUCCUUCGCUCGAGAUAACGAUGUUGACGUAAUUAUCGGUGAUUGGAUGAGUGAGAUGACGAUGCAAUGGCAUGGCGCAGCCAAAGCUGAAUCAGCUCAAUCAGGACAAGCUACGCAUGGUAUCGGAGCUUUUGAUCCAUCAUUCAUGGGUACAUUUUCGCCGGCCCUCUCCCAUCUGCAGCAACGUCGCAUCAAAGACGCUGUCAAUGCCGGUGCCACAAGGUCUCGACCUGAGGUUGCCUGGAUUCAAGGCGAUGAGGCAAUGGAUGUCGCUCAAAGACUAUUGAAAGAGGGAGAGAAUUUUGAGAAUAUAUGUUUUGGUGGAAAUCUAAAGGAUUGGCCAUUUAAGCCAAUAGCUGCUCAGUAUUACCUGGGCGGAGAAGGUAUUGCAGAGGCCUUUCGAGCUGGUGCCGAUAUUGUUAUUUGUGGUAGGGUAUCUGAUGCCGCACCUGUAAUUGGAGCGGCCGUGUGGUGGCAUGGCUGGGACCGUAAUCGUGACUACGAUGCGUUGGCUGGAUCGCUCAUCGCGGGUCAUCUAAUCGAAUGCUCGAGUUAUGUCUGUGGUGGAUACUACAGCGGUUUCAAAGAUUUGUUCGAAGGAUGCGAGAAUAUUGGGUUUCCUAUCGCCGCCAUCAACAAGGACGGGACGUUUAUUUUGGAAAAGGAGCCGAAUACGGGUGGGGAAAUGUCAAUAGGAACAGCCACGUCUCAGCUUUUGUAUGAGGUCCAAGGCCCACGCUACUAUGGCUCGGAUGUCGUUGCCGUGCUUGAAGGGAUUCACAUGCAGCAAAUCACCAAAGAUCAAGUUCUCGUCACCGGCGUCAAGGGAAGCCCACCACCCACCACCACCAAGGUCGGAAUCACCGCUCGAGGGGGCUACCAGACAGAAUUCCACUAUUACAUGUAUGGACUUGAUCUCAAAGAAAAGUUAGAUUGGACUGAACGUCAAAUUCGGCACAGUAUGGGGAAGAAUGUCGAGAAAUUCUCCUGCCUCAAAUUCAGUCUUAAUGGAUGGUGUCAAGAAGACCCGGAAAACCAGGAUGUGGCCACUCUUGAUUUCCGGAUAAAAAUCUCUUGGGUGCCGCGAUGGUGCAUGGAGAAUUUCCUCCAGAGUGUACCGGGUGCAAGUAUUGAGAAUGACCUACGACAAACGAGUGGCAAGGAAUAUUUCGAAUGCUGGGCUGCAUUAAUUCCGCAGUCAGAAGUUCCUCACCUGGUGAAUCUCCCAUGGCUCAAUAACAAGAUCAUUUCGAUACCCUCGUCGACGAAUUUGGAAGAUUAUGGGAAAACCUAUGAUACUAGGCAAUGGACCUACGAUACUAGGGACCCAAUAGAUCUGGCAUCAUUUGGUCCCACUAAGAGAAGACCUCUGGGCUCGGUAGCACUUGGCCGAUCAGAAGAUAAAGCCUCUGAUGCAAACGUUGGAUUCUUCGUGAGAAGCGAUGAUGAGUGGCAUUGGCUACGGUCAUUACUCACGGUCCCAAAGAUGAAAGAAUUUUUAGGGCCUUAG